CUAGGUGGGUGACUUAUCAAAUGUGUUACUGUGUUUCAGAUCUGAAGGCGGAAGUGAAGCCACUGCGAGGGAGAGAAGGGCAGACUGUCACGCUACACACGGGACUUGCCAAACUACAGAGUGACGCAAAGAUAUUUGGGCUAUUUGGGCCAGUCCGUCCAGAGAUAUUCAUUGUUGAGAGUCAGGCCUUCAGAGGAGAAAUUAUAACUGAGUACAAAGGGAGAUUCCAAGGCAGACUACAGCUGGACAGAGAGACUGGAUCUCUCACCAUCAGAAACCUCACCAUCAACGACACUGGACUUUAUCAGCUUCAAAUCAUCAGUGAACAGGUCACCUACCACAAUUUCAUUUUCACAGUCUACGCUUCAGUGCCUACUCCUAACAUCAGAAACACCCCACAUAAUCCCUCAGUAAACAGUCGGUUGGUCAGUGGGAGCUGUUCUGUGGUGUGUUCUGUGGUGUGUUCUGUGGCGAACGGGAAAGAGGUAACCUUGUCCUGGUACAGAGGAGAGGAGAAACUGAACAAUACAAGUAGUCCCCAUCAGGCCGACCUGUCUCUCCCUCUGGAAAUUAAAGGAAAAAACAGUGACACCUACAGCUGUGUAGCAACCAACCCUGUCAGUAACCAGACAACCAUACUCAGCAUUGAGGAGCACUGUCUGCAACAUGCAGACUCCAGUGACUGUGCCCGGUGCAUCACCCUGACUGAGUUGGUGGUGCGAUCAGUCCUGUCUGCCCUGGUGGCUGUGGCCACGAUCGCUCUGCUGGUUCAUCACUUCUGGCACAGAAGAAGCCCUUAGACUCAGACCUGACUCUCUGGGGUAUCACUAUUUAAAAAACUGUCCAUAGUUUUGCAUGGACUUGACCAGUGUGAUGAUAUUGCCAUUUACAUGAUGUAAAAAAUGUCAUGACAUAAUAAUAAGAAAAAACAAACACCCUUACCUUUCAUGAA